CCCUGUCUUCCCUCUCAAAUGGAUGUAAAAGAUCCACUGACGCUAUUUUGAAGAGCAGGGGAGCUUUCCCCACUGUGGUAACCAAUAUUUCUCCCUCAACCAUCAUUAAUAUUAUCCAGCCAUUAUCACAUUGCUGUUGAUGGGAGCUUGCUGUUCGCAAAUUGGUUGUCGUGUUUGCUAUAUUACAGUGAUUACACUUCGAAAAAGUACCACAUUGGCUGCAAAGUGCCUUGGGGUGUCCUGAGGUUUUGAAAAGCAGUGGAUAACUACAAGAUCAGGAAGCUGGGAAACAAAUAUCAAAGAAGAGAGAAAAAAAAAGCACUGUCCCUAACAAAGUACCAGACCAGCAAAGUCACAAUAGCACAGAACAGCAACAGGGAGCUGGGAAGGACAGAUUGGGGUAAACUGCUCUAGGCUGACUGGAGGCUAGUCACCAUGCCAAGGGAGACAGCAAUCAAGUGCUACAUUUUGCAAUCGCACUUGGGCAAGAACUGAGAACUAAGCAGCAAAGAGACUUCUUUACCUCUUCCAGUUUCUCACGCUGUCGAGGUAAUGGUAAAAGGAAGUAAACAAAGAAAAAAAUAAUUAUAAGACGUGGCAUUGACCACACUGUAAGAUUUUAGAUUUCAGCAGAGUCCUCAUCCACAGACCAUUGAAAGUUUCUCAUGUUCCAGCUGGAAGGUCCUGAAGGUUUGAAUCGCUAUUGGACAGUUAGACAGAUGUCUCCUUCUUUCAAAUGGUAGGUUUGAUUUUGGCCUGUUUUACUCUCCUCCUCCUCUCGGAGGAUCUUGUGGUGCGGUGGGUGGUGACCCUGCCUCUGAGCCAGGGUCGUGUCCCAGCCCAGGGCUGGAUGGACAAGGAAAGUACAUCAACAACAUGGCCAACCAGAUAUCAACCUGCAAAUCCUUCCAACAUGCACCAAUGGCGGGUGGUAAGAGAUUCCUGGUCAGCCAUGUGAUGGAAAGAAAGUUGAAGCCACCAUCAUCACUACCCAUAGCUCCAGAAUACAACAUACAUGGAAAAGUGCAUGUCGCCAUGGCAACUGAGUGAACUGUAACCCACCCAAUCUCCUCUCUCAGCCAACCUUCCAAGCAAUCGUUCUUCUAUAAAGCAUGAAGCACUGGGCAUACUGGAGAAAAAAGAAACACAAAGGCAAAACAAUUAUUUUGCUUCGAGGAGUAGGAUCCCAGGAACUGGAGAAACAUUCUCAGGCAAUUGGUAUAAUUUACGCAGAAUGGGUUCCCAGAAGCCGUUGCUAUGUGAUUGGCUUAUCAAGCAGAUAAACAGCAGACUGUACCCUGGUCUCUACUGGAUAAACGCAGAGAAAACACAGUUCAGGAUUCCUUGGAAACAUGGUUCAAGGCAGGACAUUUCUGCAGAAGAUACCAAAAUAUUUGAGGCUUGGGCAAUAGCAAGUGGCCGGUACAAACCAGGGAUCGACUCUGCUGACCCUUCCAUAUGGAAGAGAAACUUUCGAAGUGCUUUAAAUAGGAAGAGGCAAUUCCACAGAGUGGUGGACAAUCGGAAUGACUCAGAGAACCCUCAUCUGAUUUACGAGAUCCGGAGUGUUGGCCAAGAGGCAGCUGCAGAGGAGGAGAGUGAGGACAUCAGCCCUGCAGUUGACAACACCAGUCCUGCAUUCUCCGCAAGCUCAUCUCCAAACCUGCAAAGGACCCUAGAAAACAGCUUGAGCGACAUGACGAUAUUGGACCAACCAUCAGAGUACCGUGGACAAGGCUCUCUGAUGGAGACAGGCAUGCCUUUCUGUUCUCCCAACUAUUCUCCAGACUACGCUGUGCCUUCAAGCAAUCUGAGUCAAACAAAUCUCACCGUCGAGCCCCUUCCUGGUGCGAGUGAAGGUGCUGCUUGUGCGCUGCCAACUCCAGUUGGAGACCCCAACACCGUGAUCCCAAAUGUUGGCGAAUUCCAAACACAGAUGAAGGAAUUCUUUCUGAAUGGAGCACUCGUAACCGAGUUUGAGGUGACAGUUUACUAUCGGGGAAGGAAGGUGCAGGAGCACAUUGUGGGGAACACCAACGGCUUCCGGCUCUUUUACAACUCAGUGUCUGUCUUCCCGCAUCUGCAGGACUUCCCGCUCCCGGAGACCGCAGCCACCCUGGUUAGUGACCAACAGCAAAUCAAGUACACGACCAAACUAUUGGAACGCAUGGACCAGGGGCUGAUAGUGGAGGUGCAGAACACUAGGAUCUGCGCGCAGAGGCUUGGGAGAUGUAAAGGUUUCUGGUCGAUGACGGAAUAUCCUACCAGUUCUGAACCUCAGCAAAUUUCCAACAAGGAAUUCACAGUCCUGUACGACCUACAGCAGUUUUUGAGAGAAACAGAAGCCUUCCUGCAAGCUGUGGCUGGCUCUCCAAACUACUCGAUUUGGCUCUGCUUGGGGGAGCUCUGGCCGGAUCCUGACUUUAAACCCUGGAGUAAGAAGAUGAUCAUGGUGCAGGUGACGCCCAUAAUCUUCAAAUUAUUACACGAACUGGCACAUGGAGUAGGAGCCUCCUCUCUGCAGAGUGAAAGUGUAAACCUGCAGCUCUCUGACCCUCUCUCCUCUUCCAGCUUCCUAUCCAUACUGGAGCAGUACAUGGAUGUCGAAUAGGCAGGCACUGUUGCUCUCGAGCAGCCUGCCAGCAGUGACCAAGAAUGAGUUGGUGGUCGUGAAGUGAGCAAUUAAUCUUGAUGAGUAAUGCAAAGAAUGUGAGUUCAAAUCCCACAGUGGUGGGGGUGAGAAAUUGGAAUUUUAAAAUCGGGAAAGAAAUAAUCUGUGCCUCACAAAGUUGAACCUGAAGCUAUCUAUAUAUUGUAAAAACCCAAUUGAUUCAUUCAUGUUUUCAUAGAGAAGGAAACUUGUCGCUCAUACCUGGUCUGGACGUAUAUGUGACUCCAGUCCCACACCAAUGUGGUUGACUCUUAACUACCCCUUUGAGAUGGGUCAAUGAGCCCCUCAGUCAUAUCAAACCACCACCAACAGUUCAAGGUCCACCACCUCCUUGGGGGAACUCAGGAUGGGCAGUAAAUGCCAGAGAGGGCCACAUCCCAAACAUGGAAUAAAUACCCCACAACAACUGAUGGUAAAAAGGAAUUUGAAGGGCAGGUGCCGGAAAUCUGAGGCAGGAACACAUCAGUGACUGUGGAGAGGCCUCAUCGGUCAGCGUGUGUCUGAAGAGCCUCCCCCGGGAACGUUAAUGUGUAGACGCGACCUGCCUGCCUUGCUGUGGGAAAUCCUGCUCUGGAUUGGGUUUGGCUCAGUACCUGGAGACACGUGUCAAGAGGUGAAGAUGCAAACCUACCAGGCCAGAUAGCUUUUGAUUCUAACUGCAGGUGGGAUGACGCACUUAGUUUAGUUCUGUGACUCACCUUUGAACCUUUACAGAACACUUAAUGUUGUUUCUAACAAUCAGAGCAACAAACUGUAGGGACAGCGCUCUGCUAAUGCCGUGAUUGUAUUGCUUCGUUUUAAAUCGACCACACAUCAGUUAAACAGAAGCUGCUGUAGUUAAUUUUCUCCGAAUUUUCAAAGGCGUCUCAGAUUUGUUCUGCAUGUUAUGUCAACUUGAAAAUUUAACCGCGCAUAAAGUUUAUACAUGUUGCAUUAUUGUAUAGAAAUAAUCCACGUUGAACAUUUUGAAGCUAGCCUGCUCUCUCUUGGCUUCACAGUGCAGGGUCACACUUGACUGGGAACAUCGCCACUCACCAUAAAGUCCUCCAGCUCAGGAGCUGCGCCACUGGCGAUCUGUCAAUGUAUUAUUAAAUUUUGAAUUUCCUCA